UUAGCAAUUUUCAAUAAUAAGAGAAAAAUAUUAAUAGACUUUAGCAAUUUCCAAUCUGUCGUUGGUUUCUCUGCGACUUUUUUCUUCUAAAUCCUUCUUCCACCGCUGGAUAUAUUUUUUCCCAGGUUUCUUUGUCAAUACGAAGAUCUAAAACCCUUCCCUCUUUAGGAAUUAGGAUCAAAGUGAACAAAAUGAUGAACCCACGAACAGACAAGCUAGUGAGGAGGACAACUAUGGUGGCUACCGUCACUGCCUCUUAUUUUCUCCUAACCGCCGACUAUGGCUCCGAACCAAAUGCUCUCGAUCCUGUUAAAAAGGCCAUAAAAUCGGCAGAAAAUUCAGUGAAAGGAUACAUCUUUGGACCAAACACUCAAUCUGAAGAAGUUCAAGUAGAGAAGCUGGGCUCUGACAACAACAUCAAGAAACAACCAUAGUUUAAUAAACAGCUAACUUUGUAUAGUAACACCUCCAGUUUGAGUAAAUUUUCCAGUUUUUUUUUUUUUUUAAAAAAAUGAGAUGCUGUAUUGGGAUCAAUUGGUUUCUUGUAAAAGCUUACACCUUAACACCAAUUGUGACUUGUGAACCUUGAUGUUUUGAAGAUGGUUUUUUUUUUUUUU